AAUUUCGCGGUUAAUUCAUGGACGAUUCCAAACUCCUCCAGACUACAUUUGAAACAGAAUUAUGUGAGACCAAGAGCAAUAGCUCUAUUGCUGAGAUUAUUCAGAGUAAUCACAAGGACAGUAAUCAUAAGAAGGAGACGCAAGAAAUAAAAGAAAUUAAGAGAAAUCCACAAAACUUCAAGCUCCAAGCACUUGAGAAAUAUCUCAUGAAGACUUAUCCUCUGUUGAGGAAGAGGAUUAAGAACUACUUCCAGUCUCUUACCAGCGAGUUGUAUGAUAUCGAUGACAUAGAUACUACUUUUUACCUGGAAGACUCAAUUCCUUCAAAAAUUGACCAGAAAGUUCGCAAAAUAUUUGAAGGAAUAGAAUAUAAUCAGUUUGAUGAGUCUAUACAUCAUCCUGUAUUCCCAGAAAAAGAUGGAUCAGCAGAAGAGAGAGAUUAUUUGGAUAGACUCAUGAAAGUAUGGGACUUCCUCACUGCUUAUGCCCCCUUAUUGAGAUUGGACAAGAUCGAGCCUCUUGAAUUGUACUAUUCGAUCCAGAAACAAACAGAGACCACGAGACUGUUGACAAGAGUGAUGGCUGCAUUAGUGUCAACCUUGAUAUAUUUUCAAACAUCAAAGGUCGACGAAGUUCUAUAUGACUACAAAAAGUCUUAUCGAAAGGACCAGAUGAAGGAAUGGCAUAAAGCCUUAUGCCAUUUCUUAGACCCUGCAUGGGUGCCAGAUGAUGACCUUGACUCAGAGAUGGACAACACUCUGGGACUUCCCUCUGAGCUGAAGGAGACUCUCAUUAAUGUCAAUCAUAUGUCCUUUUGCUCACUGGAAAAAGAACAAAAGUUGCAGAUAAUAGAAGCUAUUAUCUGCGGCCCACUUCAAUUAGAAGAAGACGAGCAAUAUUGAAGGGAAGGAUAUUCUUUACUGGAUCUAGACAAAUUUAUAGAUGAGAUAGAGGACAACCACUUAGAAGGAUGUGAGCUUGAAAAUUGCAUAGAAACUGCAAUCUCUCAGUCAUAUUAUGGAAAACCUAAAAAUGACAAUGAGCAAACACCUUCAGCUUCCUCUUAUUUCAAAAAGCUUAUAAGAGGCCCCACCUCAAAGAUUUCAAUUGGAGAAGUUGCUUAUGACAACAGUGAAGUGUUCAGAUACUACAUCUACCCAAAAUUCACCCAUGUUCUGUUCGGCUCUCGUGUGACCCAAGGCUGUGCGCUAGAAUGGUUUCUGGUCGAGGACAUUGAGAGACUGAGAAAAGGGGUGUCCCCCUUUUCUUACCCUGAAUUCAGGAACAGACUCAAUUUCUACUGCAAGUAUUUAGCCAAAACCAGAGCUAAAACCCACACCAGAGAUAAACCCAUCACCCAUGAAAACUACUGGACCAGAAGAGCGAACCAGUUCGAACAAAGGACCUAAUCCCACACAAAGCCACUAUAAUCUCAAGCUAAAAAUAAUUCCACCUG